AGAAACUACCAGUGAGGCAGUAACUGUUCGCAAAGUGCCAUGACCUACCCUCCUCAACUCCACCGAUUUUCUACCCAAUUUUCCUUUACCUUGUUCCCUCAAACUAAAGUAUUUCCCUAUGUACAUCUCAAAUCUCCAUGUUAUUUAGCACAAGGAUACAAUGCAGUUUUAGAAAUUACAACCUUUGUUGUAUUUCCUUUCUUACAUUUAGAACUCGCAGCAUUUGACCCAAUACCCAUUUAUUUUUUGAAAGCCCAUGUGGGAGCUAAUUGACUUUCCAGGAAGUUCUUUGCCAAUCCUCCCCCAAGAAGGUUUCUCCUGUGUUUGUAUCUGGUAGCAAUUCUACAGUGUUCAACAUUUGGAACUCUGGUAUUAUAAUUGUGCUUGAAGUAUCUACACAGAAAUGGUCUGUUUCAUCAUCCCCUGAGCUCGGCCUGUGUGUGGAUGUGACAUUCCAGUGGAAGGAAGCCAAGAGCCUAUAGUAGCGAUCCUGGGGAAAAUUUAAGCAGCUGUGGCUGUGUAAUUCAAAACCUCUGAAAAGUGUGCUGCAGUCCGUGCACAGCAUUAGUAUAACAUGAGGGCUGGAUGUAGCCCGUCCUCCGGAGGACUUCCUUGCCCGCUGCAGGAAAGAGAAGAUUGAAAGACAAACCUGGGUGCAGCCGGAAAGGUCCAAAUAGAUGAGCUUGUGGCAUCCAUCCCCUAAAUUCAGGGACUGCAUCGAACCUCAGCUGGGUCUCAUCGUUCCGAAUUGCAUUAGUUAAGAUUACCCAAGCUUGCAUUUCAAAGGAAUACUUUCAUCGUUCCCUGUGCCACCCCAAGUAAUUGGGGCCAGCUGGAUGUCAGGAUGCGCGUGGUUACGGUGGUAAUUCUGCUCUUCUUUUGUAAAGCCGCGGAGCUCCGCAAGGCCAGCCCUGGGGGCUCGAGAAGCCGAAUGAAUCAUGGCCGGGCGGGUGGGAGCCGGAGAGGCUCCAACCCCGUCAAACGCUACGCGCCAGACCUCCCCUGCGAAGUGUACACGUAUCUUCACGAGAAGUACUUAGAUUGUCAAGAAAGAAAACUAGUUUACGUGCUGCCUGACUGGCCUCAGGAUUUGCUGCAUAUGCUGUUAGCAAGGAACAAGAUCCGCAUACUGAAGAACAAGAUGUUCUCCAAGUUUAAGAGGCUGAAAAGCCUGGAUCUGCAGCAGAAUGAGAUCUCCAAAAUUGAGAGUGAGGCUUUCUUUGGUUUAAAUAAACUUACUACUCUCCUCCUGCAGCACAACCAAAUCAAAGUCUUGACAGAGGAAGUGUUCAUUUAUACGCCUCUCCUGAGCUACCUGCGUCUCUAUGACAACCCCUGGCACUGUACUUGUGAGAUGGAAACGCUUAUUUCAAUGUUGCAGAUUCCAAGAAACCGGAAUUUGGGGAACUAUGCCAAGUGCGAAAGGCCACAAGACCUAAAAAACAAAAAGCUGCGGCAGAUAAAAUCUGAACAGUUAUGCAAUGAAGAAGAAAGGGAACAAUUAGACCCGAAACCCCAAGUGUCAGGGAGACCCCCAGUCAUCAAGCCCGAGGUGGACUCGACUCUUUGCUACAAUUACGUGUUUCCCAUACAAACGCUGGACUGCAAACGGAAAGAGCUGAAGAAAGUUCCAAACAACAUCCCUCCAGACAUUGUUAAACUUGACUUGUCAUACAAUAAAAUCAACCAACUUCGACCCAAGGAGUUUGAAGAUGUUCAUGAGCUAAAAAAAUUAAACCUCAGCAGCAAUGGCAUUGAAUUCAUAGAUCCUGCUGCUUUUUUAGGACUCACACAUUUAGAAGAGUUAGAUUUAUCAAACAACAGUCUACAAAACUUUGACUAUGGCGUAUUAGAAGACUUGUAUUUUUUGAAACUCUUGUGGCUCAGAGAUAACCCUUGGAGAUGUGACUACAAUAUCCACUACCUCUACUACUGGUUAAAGCACCACUACAACGUCCACUAUAACGGCCUGGAAUGCAAGAUGCCUGAAGAAUACAAAGGGUGGUUUGUGGGAAAAUAUAUUCGCAGUUACUUUGAAGAAUGCCCCAAAGACAAAUUACCAGCCUACCCUGAGACAUUUGAUCAGGAUCCGGAAGAUGAUGAAUGGGAGAAGAUUCAUAGGGAUCACACAGCCAAGAAGCAAAGUGUAAGAAUCACUAUAGUGGGAUAACUUAGGAAUUGUUUUGGUUGCAACUGGUUUUGAAUUUGCUAUACCGGUGUCAGAAAACCAUAUGUUUACAUUUUGAUUAACUGUGUUGCCUAUUUAUGCAGGGUUAUCCAGUUACAGGAAGGUUCCCUUAAUUAUUAUUUUUAUUGUGAGAAAUUCUAGCAACCAAGGGAAUACUUCCAUCCCGCUUGCCUGCCUGUUUGCAGACCGGCCUUUGGUGACGGUUCCACACUGGUAAACUGCGGGAGUUGGGUCCUAAUGAUGGCAUUGGAAUUUCAUAACAUCCUGUAUAUAUG